AUGGCAGCAUCAGAGCUGAAUGCAGUGUUGCGGAGUCUCGGGUUCCCAGACCAAAUGCCAUACGAGCACAAGAACGCGCACAAGAGUGAGGUUAGCUCCAUGGCCGUCAUUUCCCUUCUUCUUCUUCUCAGUACUGGUUGCCUGGUUGAGAAUUGUUCCUUGCUUCGAAGAAGACUGAACUUCCUAGGGAAGUUGUUCCAGUUGAUCAAGUCUUUGAAGAGCUUUAAUGUUGACACUGGCAAGAAGUGGAUCACACCACACACAGCCUCUCUCUUGUGGCCCACAGUUCUUCAGCACUCAGAUGGGAACAUAACUAUGAUUUUGGCUACUUCCUCAGUAGACAAGGGGCUGGGCAGGCUGAAUAAGUGCACUGUUUUGCAGGAAGAACUCCAGUGCCAGGAAAUACUUCUGAGAGGAAAUAUUAAAGGCUCCAAAAACAUCCAGGAUGGUGGCAUAGCUAUUGAUAGGAAUGCAGACUGGAUCCUGGCUUGCCUGCAGAAGAAGCACCGCCGGGCCUUCACCACUACAGAGGACAUGAAUGGAGUCUGUACUCUGCUUACUCCCGACUUGCGCAGCACAGCAUUCCUCAACCUCACCAAGAUAGUUGAGACCAAAUUAAACAGCAGUAGAAGUAAAAACAGCAAAACCAAGAUUACUGACAUCGACAACACAAACAGCAUCAGCAGUGCUUGUGGUGAGGUUUUGGGCCCUGCAGGGAAGUUCCACAUGUGCAAAGAACUGGGAACAGAGAUUGCUGUCAUUCUGGAUGGAUCAGAGAGCAUCAAGCAAGAUGAUUUCCAAAAUGCCAAGAAUGCUGUCCUUAAUAUAAUGAAGUCGAUGUGGCAGAAAUGCCCAAAGAUUAGGUUUGCUGUGAUACAGUAUGGUGCAGAGAUCCAAACCACAGUGAGCCUGCAAGAAAGCUGCCACAGAUCAGCAGCUCUCUUCAAGGUCCAAAACAUGAAGCAGCAGGGCUCCAAGACUGACAUUGCAGCCACACUGUACCAUGUGCUGGACAAAGUCUUCAAUGAAAGCCAUGGUUCCAGCCAGACUGAUGACAAGAUAAUCAUCGUCCUGGCAUCUGGGCAGAUGUUUCUGGAUAAUCACCAAUUGAGAAACGUCAUGGACUCCCUGGAAACAGCUAAGAUCAAACUCUAUGCUCCUGCGAUUGGAGAGUUUAUUAGCAACCAGUGGGCCCCAGAAGAGUUGCAAAAAGCCAGAAGUAAAUGGUUUAUGCUGUCCACAUAUGAAGAUUUUCAAAGUUUCCUUUUAGAGCUGGAGAGAAAUACUUUGAAUGUUUUAGCCAAAAAUGUUCCAACUGAAGCACCAGAGCAUGGAAAUGUUAAUGACAAUGAUGGCAAGCUCCCUUCCUGGAUGCAGGAAGACAAAGAGGAGGAGGAGGAAAAUGAUUUGCGCUCUGGAACAGAGAUUGUUUUUAUUUUGGAUGGAUCAGGGAGCAUUGAACCAGAAGAUUUUGAAAAAGCAAAGGCUUUCAUCCACAAGAUGAUGAAAACACUGUAUGAGAAGUGCUUUGAGUGUGAUUUUGCCGUGGUGCAGUACGGGUUUGAAAUGAGAACAGAGUUUGACCUGCGAGAAAACUGGAAUCCAAAUGCCACCCUCCAGAAAGUUCUUGAUAUUGUGCAGGUGUGCAAUGUGACCAAAACAGCAUCUGCCAUGCAGCAUGCUCUGGAUUCUAUCUUCACUGAAAGUCAUGGAUCCCAGAAGAACGCAGCCAAGGUCAUGAUUGUGCUUACAGAUGGGGAAAUACUCCUGGAUGAAAUGAACUUGACAACAGUGAUAAAUUCACCCAAAAUGGCAGGAAUUGAGCGCUAUGCCAUUGGGGUGGGAGAUGCCUUCAAGAAACCAAAGGCUCUAAAUGAAUUGCGAUUGAUUGCGUCUGGUCCAGAUGAUACUAACGUAUUUCAAGUGACCAACUAUUCAGCAUUAGAUGGGCUGCUUUCAACACUGCAGCAGAGCAUUAUUGGUAUAGAAGGUACUCAAGGUGAUGCUCUAGAAUAUGAGCUUGCGCAAGCUGGUUUCAGUGUGCAGAUUUUAGAUAAGGCAAUCGUAAUGUUUGGUGCUGUGGGGGCCUUUGACUGGUCUGGUGGAAUUCUGCUGUAUGAACUGGCAACCAAGACAGCUGUUUUCCUGAAUGAGUCUAAAGAGGAAGCAAAAAAAGCAAAAUACAGUUACUUAGGAUACAGCGUGGCAGUGGUAAACACAGGAUAUGGAGCCUUGUAUGUGGCUGGAGCUCCAAGGCACAGCAUGACAGGGAAGGUGUUGGUGUUUCAGGAUGGUCGCUUAAAACAAACUCUGCAAGGAGAACAGGUUGGAUCUUAUUUUGGCUCUGAGCUCUGCCUGCUUGAUGUGAACCGUGAUGGGGUGACAGAUCUUCUCCUUGUAGGAGCUCCAUUUUAUCACAUCCGAGGGGAAGAAGGGAGGGUUUACGUCUAUCGCCUGGAGACAGAGACUGGUUCAUUUACCUUGGAAGGACAGUUAAAUGUGCAGGUGACCUCUCCUUUUGCAAGGUUUGGAUUUACUGUGGCCAGCAUUGGAGACAUUAACGGAGAUGGAUAUGAAGAUAUUGCAGUUGGAGCCCCCCUUGAAGAUCAGCUUUCGAACAGUUCCUCUUUUGGCAGUAUUUACAUCUUUAACGGUGAUAAAGAUGGGAUCAAAAGCUCUUUUUCCCAAAGAAUAAAAGCCUCUGAAAUUUCUCCAGAACUCCAGUAUUUUGGGCAAUCCAUUGAUGGUGGCUUUGAUUUCACUGAAGAUGGUCUCCAAGAUAUUACAGUAGGAUCACUGAAGAAUGUGGUUUUGCUCCGCUCCAGACCAGUUGUCCAGUUUCUCACCAGCAUGAGAUUCACUCCUGAGAGAAUAUUAAUUUUCCAUAAUAACAGCAUCAUUACUGCAAAACUGUGCUUCAAUAUAAUCUCAGCAUUACCAGCAUCCCGACAAGUGUUUUCACAGUUGUACAUUCUCUACACGGUGGACUUAGAUGUGACAAUGCCAAAGAAAAGAGUGCAGUUUGAAGAUCAGAACACCACAAGAAGCGGGCAGCUGUUGGUCAGCAAGAACAUGUGCUUAGAGCUGCAACUCUAUGCGCUGCCAUGUGACUUCAACUGCUUUUCCAGUGUUAUUCUCAGAGUUAAAUACACACUCUUUAAUAAAAACAGUAAUACGGAAUUUGCUGUUCCUGUGCUGGAUAGAUAUCAGCCAUCUGAGAUGCAUUUUCAGUUGCCUUACAAGAAGGACUGCAACAACAAGACCGUCUGUACUGCUCAUUUAACUUUGACAAGUCAGAUUCCAAAAGAAUUAGUAGUGGGCCACACUAAAGAAGUGACCAUGAAUUUUUCCCUAAGUAACAGUGGAGAUGACUCCUACAUGACAACUAUGAUUUUGAACUAUUCUAAAAACUUACAUUUUAAAAAGAUGACUGCUGAGCCAUCCUCUCCAGUUAUUCAUUGUGGUCAGCCAGUACCAUCCACUUCUAUACCCUCAUCCUUAAACUGCAGAAUUGGGCAUCCAAUAUUCAAUAAGACAACUGCAAAUUUUUCAGUGAUUUGGCAAUUACGUGAAACUGUGUUCCAAAAUAAGUCUGCAAUCACUAUUAAUGUCACCAAUGUAAAUGAAAAUAGCACCAGUCUGAUUGAAGAACACAUCCUUGAUAUCAGAUAUGCAUUCACUGCAGUCCUUACCAGACCGGUUUCUUUAAUAUACAUGAAUGUUAGUCAAGGACUACUUGAAAACAAAGAGUUCAAAUUUAAUAUAAAUGGAGAAAAUCGCUUUAAAGCUACCAUCCAGUUACAGAUUUGGAUUCCUGUAAGUUUACAAGGUCACAACAUCAUAAAUGUGAAAAAUGCAACAGGAACACAGCGCUCCACAGCGUGCCGCGUGCGCGAGGAGGCGGUGUGGAGCCUGCGGCGCUACGGCGGCGGCGGCGACGACGCAGCCGCGCCGGCCGCCGGGGACGUGCGGUACCGGCGCGUGUGCUGCUCCCUCAGCGCGGACGGCGACAACGUCACCGUGGCGGCCGAGCUCGCCCCGGGCGACGCGCGGCAGUUCUUAAAACCUAGAACUGAUUUGCUGGUCGCUGGGAAAAUCACCUUUGACAGAAAACUGUAUCUGGGCCUGAAAGAAGAGAAUCAUUAUGCUGAGGUAUCUGAGCACCGAAUUGCUCUUAUCUUGCUGAAAGAAGAAGCAUUCGAUCCCUUGCCAGUUAUCGUAGGAAGCUCUAUUGGUGGCCUUCUCUUGUUGGCUUUCAUUAUUCUGCUCCUCUGGAAAUGUGGGUUUUUCAAAAGAAACUAUAAAAAUAUGAUGGAGCAAGAAGACAAUUCCGGAAGAUGAGGCUAUUCAAAGCAGAAAGCUCUGUUUCCCGUCACUGGCUCUGUGGAAAUGACAGAGUUAAUACCUGUCUGAGAUGUAAAACAAAUCAUAUUCCUUGAGCUGGGGUAGAUCUAUAAGACUCAAAAUCUUAGGACUCUUACAAUUCACUGUUUUGACCACGGGAGCCCUGUGCUUCUUGGCAAUCCGGUUACCUGCUUGUUUACUUUGAAUUGGCUGCCUGUUAAAAAGAGACUACCUGGUACCAGUCAACUAGACUCCCCAUGAUAGAUUUUGCUUUAAUGUAGAUAUACUAGUGAAAAUUCAGCUUGGAGCCUGUGAGGUUUAUGUAUUGGAUUGCAUUCUUUGUUGUUGUGAUGCUGAGUCAUUCUUAAAUUAAUUUUAAUACUAAAUAGCUUCAGAAUGGAUGGAAAUAGAAAUGGAUAGAAGAGGCUUUCCAUUCAGCCAUUGCUAAUGAAAAUGUAGAGCCAAAUGUUUUGUGCAUCUAUGUAUCUACAUGUACGUAUAUAAAGAUUUAUGUAUUUUAAGGCAGUAGAACAUUUUUUGAUGUAUCUGAUUCUUGGAACCACAAGUGCAUGUGGUGGUGAGACUUCUCUUUUACCUUAAAAUCUCAUUUUUGCUUUUUCAUUUUGAGUUGUUUUCAAAUCUUGAUUGAGUCACUUGUAAAUGUAUGUUUCAUGGAUCUCCUUACCAGUUCAUUUUGAGUUGUUUUCAAAUCUUGAUUGAGUCACUUGUAAAUGUAUGUUUCAUGGAUCUCCUUACCAGUUCAGAUAAACUCUUCUUGUAUCAUUAAAUAGUUCCCCAGGCUGGGAUGGUUAGCAAUACCUGUUUCAAAGCAGCCCAGGAAAAGUAGCCAUGUUUGAAUUAAGUGGAGGACCUGUUGUUACUCACCCUGAUGGCAGUGAAAGAGGACAUAAGAUGAAUGUGAGCAACCUUAAGUUUUCAGCUGUGGAUUAUCAGUAAUUGCAGCUUGCAGGAAGAAAGAUGAAUAGCAGAACAACAUGGCUGGCUUUAGCCAGUACCGGAUGUUCUCUUUCCUGAGCGGUGAAAUGAUCGUUAAAAAAUAAUACUUCUAUCAAUGUUCCCUGUAUUCUUUUUUCUUAAUAAUAAAAAAAACCCAAAAAAACAAGAA